GUAUAAUUUCAUCAGAAUUAACAAGUCGUUUUUCAAUUAAUUUUGAAACUACUAAUGAUAUAACUGUAGAGUUAGUAACUAGUAAAACAUCUAGAACAACAGAAUUACUUGUAAAAAUAGAGCCAGAUAAUAAUCAGAACUUUCAACUCUCAGAAAGCCAAUUAGAUUAUAAAAAUAGUUUUUUGGAGGACCAACUUGAUAGACUGCAAAUAUCUAUUAUUGCUCUUAUAAAGGAUAUUAAUCUAAAUGAUAUAGUUGAGCAAAGUUUUAUAUUAGCUACAGAUAUUAUCAUUCUAGACCUUCAUAUUAUUAAACAAAUUAGAGAUGCUAAUAUACAUAAUACAAAAGGUCAACAAAUAGCUAACAAAAAGGUUAGAUAUACUAAUAGAUUCAGAAAAAUGAAAAAGGCUCUCAAUACUGCUUUGGAUCUCAGUUGUAAAAAGAAAUUAAUUGAUAUUAUUACUCAUUUUGUUGAACAAAAAAAGUUUGAAUUUGAAAAUAUUAACAUUGAAAGUACCCAUUCUAGUCAAUCUGAAGAAGUAGUUAUUAUAGAUUUUCUAGUUAUAAAGCAUCAGAAAUGA